UCGAACACUCGCAGCACAUGGUUGCCUUCAAGGACGAAAACAUGCAGGUUACAUUAUUAUCAGAUAUUUUGUAGCAGCUCAGAAUUUAGUUUCUUUCUUGAUCAGUGUACAGUUCGGAGCGAUGACUUUCAAGACCACUUGGUUUCUUCGCCGAUGUAUGCACAGAAAGAGUGGAUUGUUAAAACAGAGGUGUGACGUUGUGCGGUUGUUGUGCUGUGGUAGUGCAGCAGAGGGCGCUCUUGCUCCACCGGCAGAGCGCAGCAUCACAGCCGAGCGCGCGGUCGGUCUGUGGGCUCAACACUUCAGCCUGCACCGCAUCUCGGAACCUCUACUCUCUAGUCAAUACAUCAUAUCUCAUGUACUUGGCGAAAAAACUCUGGAAUGUGUUCAGAAGAAAAGACUGCGAGACACCCUGACUGACAAAGAAAGAGAAACUGUGUGGAAAUUGUGCUCAAAACGCCUAACAAGGAUGCCUGUACAGUAUGUGAUUGAGGAAUGGGACUUCAGAGACUUGACCUUGAAGAUGAAGCCUCCUGUGUUCAUACCCCGUCCCGAAACAGAGGAGCUGGUUGGUCUAGUUCUAGAGGACUUUGAGUCUAUUCGGGGGGAUUUUCAUGGUCUGGAGGUGGGCUGUGGGUCUGGAGCCAUUUCUCUUAGUUUACUACGCAGCCUUCCACAGCUCAGGGUAUUUGCUUUGGAUCAGAGCCAGGAUGCUGUAUGUCUAACAAUGGAAAAUGCAAACAGACUAGGUCUGCAGGACAGACUAGAGGUUCAUCAUUUAGAUGUGGUUAAAGACGCAGAUGUGAUCCUGAGCAAAUGUAACCCUGUUGACUUUAUUGUCAGCAACCCUCCCUACAUACUCAGUCAGGACAUGGAGGCUUUACAGACAGAGAUAUUCGGCUUUGAAGACCACGCUGCGCUGGACGGAGGGUCAGACGGCCUCUUUGUGAUUCGUCCCAUUCUGGCUCUGGCUUCCAAGCUCUUAACAAAACAAGGGCGGGUUUAUCUGGAAGUUUCCUCAUGUCAUCCUCCAGUCAUCCAGCAGCUGGUGAUGGAGACCAUGCCUGAGUUCAUUUAUCUGGAAAGCCGCUGUGACCUCAGUAACAGACCGAGAUUCUGUAUUUUACAGAAGAAUGAAGAAAAUGGCUGAAACCGAGGAUUCAGAAAUACAGUCAAGACAAUUGUUUAACACAGCACAGGAGAACAAGAGAUUUCAGCAGUUGCCCAUUCAGAAUGCCUUUAGCCAAAUUGCAUGUGGUACAGAGCCAGUCUCCUGCCAGUUUCCCAGCAUGCAGCAAGCACAAAAACCUGCCAAUCCUACCGAGAAGCUCCUUCCUUAAAUCCACCUUCCACAGGUCUCUAUUUGUUUUGUGCCACAACCUACUGCUGUUACAGCUUCGACGCUGACUUUCCUUUAAAUUGGUAAGUGUGUGUGUGUGUUUUGUUGUGGUGAGAUUGCAUUGAUUGUGAGUAUGUGCUCAGUGCGCAGUAAGUGUCAGGGUGCAGUAGGCUGAAGGUAAUUAUUGAGGCCUUUUCUAAGAACUCCCCCUCCCAGCCCUGCACUCGUCUCUCCCUGGAAGUAAUGCGCUCAUUCUGCGAAACAGCUGGCCCAUUGCCUCUCGCAGCACGACGCUAGCCCACAAACACACACAGAAAGCCUACAAAUACUGACUGAUAACCUGACAUGCUCCAUGGCUACGACGAAUGCAAGAUCAAUCUGUGUAAACUGGAAUGAAACAAGCAUUAAACCCUGAUCGAGUCAUUUUGUAUUUCUAUAAUACACGACAUAA